AUGAUUCUGAAAACACUGGCUAUAUUAGCGACUCUCGGUCUCGCAACUGCACAGACCAGCGUCGUCUCGCUUUUUAUCUACGAUAUCGACCCACAGCCUUUGGUCGCUUCUAUUAUUGCCGAGGGCUCUGGAACUACCACCUUUAGCAUCAAUUGCCCACCUGGUACCGAUGGCAGUGACUGUGGAAUGGGGCCCGGGCUAUACUAUACCCUUGGCCCGUCAACGAUUGAGAUGUCGAUGAGCGAGCCUCAAGAAGGAUUCUGGGAUCACAUAGGCUGCACUUCCAGUGGCACGACUGCCAUCUGUACAGAGAUUGCGAGUGGCACUGGCGCAAACUUCCCUGGCACAUCAACAACAGCUAUUCCAAAGGGAGAAGCCACUUUGUUCCCCGUUACCGUAACUGCCGGUCCCUCAGCAGGAGCCUCAUUAUCUACUACCGCAGACCGGACGACCCAGACACCGAGCAGCACCGAUAGCUCCGAGAGGACCACUUCACAAACUUCGGAUAAAUCUUCAACACAGACCUCAGGAAAAUCAUCUGCCAGUGCCACCUCAGGAACUAGCACCGGUGGUCUCCCGCAGAUUACUGGUAACCCUGGCCUUGCCUUGGGUAGCGCAGCAAUUGCCUUGAUGGCUGCUGCCCUUUAA